AUGGCGUCCAACAAGCCAGUGAGCAACUACGAUGAGGACGUCUUCGAGGAGGAGGAUGCCCCCAAGGAGGCCCAGACGGUCCACCACAUCCGGGCCAACUCGACUAUCAUGCAACUGAACAAAAUCUUGGUUGCCAACCGCGGUGAAAUUCCUAUUCGUAUCUUUAGGACGGCCCACGAGCUCUCGCUGCAUACCAUUGCUGUUUUUAGUUAUGAGGACCGUCUUUCGAUGCACAGGCAGAAGGCCGACGAGGCGUAUGUCAUCGGCAAGCGCGGGCAAUAUACACCUGUUGGUGCCUACCUCGCCGGUGAUGAAAUCAUCAAGAUCGCCGUCGAGCAUGGCGCUCAGAUGAUCCACCCUGGUUACGGUUUCCUCUCUGAGAACGCGGAGUUCGCUCGCAAGGUCGAGAAGGCUGGUCUUAUCUUCAUUGGGCCCUCUCCCGACGUCAUUGAUGCCCUCGGAGACAAGGUCUCGGCCAGGAAGAUUGCCAUUGCGGCUAAAGUCCCCGUUGUCCCCGGAACUGCGGGUGCCGUUGAGACGUUCGAGGAGGUCAAGAAGUUUACCGACGAAUAUGGCUUCCCAGUCAUUAUCAAGGCUGCCUAUGGUGGUGGCGGUCGUGGCAUGCGUGUCGUGCGCGAUGAGUCUAGCCUCCAGGAGUCUUUUGAGCGUGCCACCUCUGAGGCCAAGAGUGCCUUCGGUAACGGCACCGUCUUCGUCGAGCGUUUCCUUGACCGCCCCAAGCACAUUGAGGUCCAGCUCCUCGGUGACAACCACGGCAACAUUGUCCACCUGUACGAGCGUGAUUGCUCCGUGCAGCGCAGGCACCAGAAGGUUGUUGAGAUUGCGCCGGCCAAGGACCUCCCUAGUGAGGUGCGGGAUGCUAUGCUGAACGACGCCGUUAAGCUGGCUAAGUCCGUGGGACUGAGGAACGCAUCGACUGCCGAGUUCCUCGUCGACCAACAGAACCGCUACUAUUUCAUUGAGGUCAACCCUCGUAUCCAAGUCGAGCACACCAUUACCGAGGAGAUCACCGGUAUUGAUAUCGUGGCCGCCCAGAUCCAAAUCGCCGCUGGCGCAACUCUGGAGCAGCUCGGCCUUACCCAGGACAGGAUCACCACCCGUGGAUUCUGCAUCCAGACCAGAAUUACAACUGAGGAUCCGGCCAAGAACUUCCAGCCCGACACUGGCAAGAUCGAAGUGUACCGUUCCGCUGGUGGAAACGGUGUCCGUUUGGACGGUGGUAACGGGUUCGCUGGCGCUGUCAUCACUCCCCACUACGACUCCAUGUUGGUCAAGGUCAUCGCUUCCGGCUCGACAUACGAGAUCGCCCGGCGCAAGAUUCUCCGUGCUCUGAUCGAGUUCAGAAUUCGCGGCGUGAAGACCAACAUCCCCUUCUUGUGCUCACUCCUCACACACCCGACCUUCAUCGAGGGCAAGUGCUGGACGCAGUUCAUCGACGAGACGCCCGAGCUUUUCGACCUGGUCGGGAGCCAGAACCGUGCCCAGAAGCUACUCGCGUACCUCGGUGACCUUGCCGUCAACGGGAGCAGCAUCAAGGGCCAGGUUGGCGAGCCUAAGUUCAGGGGGGAUAUCAUUAUCCCCGAGCUGUUUGAUGAUGCUGGAAACAAGAUCGAUACCUCGCAGCCCUCCACCAAGGGCUGGCGCCAGAUCAUCGUGGACCAGGGACCCAAGGCCUUUGCGAAAGCGAUCCGUGAUUACAAGGGCUGCCUUCUCAUGGAUACCACCUGGCGUGAUGCUCACCAGUCUCUUCUCGCCACCCGUGUGCGGACGGUUGACCUGUUGAACAUUGCCAAGGAGACCAGCCACGCUCUUCACAACCUGUACAGUUUGGAAUGCUGGGGUGGUGCGACCUUCGAUGUUGCGAUGCGCUUCCUCUAUGAGGACCCGUGGGACCGUCUCCGCCGGAUGCGCAAGCUUAUUCCCAACAUUCCCUUCCAAAUGCUUUUGCGCGGUGCCAACGGUGUCGCCUACGCCUCGCUUCCCGACAACGCCAUUUACCACUUCGUCGAGCAGGCCAAGAAGAACGGUGUCGACAUCUUCCGUGUGUUCGAUGCUCUGAACGACAUCCACCAACUCGAGGUGGGUAUCAAGGCUGUCCAGAAGGCUGGCGGUGUCUGCGAGGGUACCGUUUGCUACAGCGGUGACAUGUUGAACCCAACCAAGAAGUACAACCUGGAGUACUACUUGAAGCUGGUUGAUGAGCUUGUUGCUCUUGACAUUGAUGUCCUGGGCAUCAAGGAUAUGGCUGGUGUUCUCAAGCCUCAUGCCGCCACUCUCCUCAUCGGCGCUAUCCGCAAGAAGUACCCUGACCUGCCCAUCCACGUUCACACUCACGACUCGGCUGGUACUGGUGUUGCUUCUAUGGUUGCUUGCGCCAUGGCUGGCGCGGAUGCUGUCGAUGCUGCCACCGACAGCCUGUCUGGUAUGACAUCGCAGCCCAGCAUCAACGCCAUCAUCGCUUCGCUCGACGGCACCGACAAGGAUCCUGGCCUCAACCCUCACCAUGUCCGCGCUCUAGACACCUACUGGUCUCAGCUUCGUCUCCUAUACUCGCCUUUCGAGGCUCACCUUGCCGGCCCCGACCCGGAGGUGUACGAGCACGAGAUCCCCGGCGGUCAGCUCACCAACAUGAUGUUCCAGGCUUCCCAGCUUGGUCUCGGAUCCCAGUGGCUCGAGACCAAGAAGGCGUACGAGCACGCUAACGAUCUCCUUGGCGACAUUGUCAAGGUCACACCCACCUCCAAGGUCGUUGGUGACCUUGCUCAGUUCAUGGUCUCCAACAAGCUGUCGCCGGAGGACGUUAAGGCUCGCGCUGCCGAGCUUGACUUCCCCGGCUCCGUCCUUGAGUUCUUUGAGGGCAUGAUGGGCCAGCCGUACGGUGGUUUCCCCGAGCCGCUGCGCACUAACGCCCUCCGUGGCCGUCGCAAGCUGGACCAGCGCCCUGGUCUUUCCCUGCCGCCCGUGGACUUUGCCAAGGUCAAGAAAGAGCUCUCUCGCAAGUUCGGUGGUCCCCUUACCGAGACCGAUAUCGCGAGCUAUAUCAUGUACCCCAAGGUCUUUGAGGAGUACAAGCAGUUUGUGACCAAAUACGGCGACCUCUCGGUCCUGCCGACCAAGUACUUCCUUUCCAAGCCUGAGAUUGGCGAGGAGUUCCACGUCGAGCUCGAGAAGGGCAAGGUUCUCAUCCUUAAGCUCCUCGCCGUUGGCCCGCUCUCCGAGAACACUGGCCAGCGUGAGGUGUUCUACGAGAUGAACGGUGAGGUCCGCCAGGUCACCGUUGACGACAAGAUGGCUGCCGUUGAGAAUGUCAGCCGUCCGAAGGCCGAUCCCACCGACACGAGCCAGGUCGGCGCCCCCAUGGCCGGUGUGCUGGUCGAGCUGCGUGUGCACGAUGGCACUGAGGUCAAGAAGGGCGACCCGCUUGCUGUGUUGAGCGCCAUGAAGAUGGAAAUGGUCAUCUCCGCUCCCCACAACGGCGUUGUUUCCCAACUUGCCGUGCGCGAAGGUGACUCAGUCGACGGCUCGGACCUCGUGUGCCGUAUCACCAAGGCCGACGCCAAAUGA